AUGCAGGCCGCUGGGCACCCAGAGCCCCUCAACAGCUCUUCCUUCCCCUCUGUGAUGGGCGCCACCCUCUCUCAGGACAAUGGCACCAGAACCAAUGCCACCAUCCCUGAACCACUGGCGGUCUUGUAUGUGCUCCUGCCAACCGUGUACUCUGUGAUCUGCGCUGUAGGACUGGCUGGCAACACGGCCGUCAUCUGUGUGAUUUUGAGGGCACCCAAGAUGCAGACAGUGACCAAUGUGUUCAUCCUGAACCUGGCCGUCGCCGACGGGCUCUUUACGCUGGUGCUGCCUAUCAGCAUCGCCGAGCACCUGCUACAGCGCUGGCCCUUUGGGGAGCUGCCCUGCAAGCUGGUGCUGGCCAUCGACCACUGCAACAUCUUCUCCAGCGUCUACUUCCUGGCCGUCAUGAGCGUGGACCGCUACCUGGUGGUGCUGGCCACUGUGCGGUCCCGCCGCGCGCCCUGGCGCACUCCCCGGGUGGCCAAGGUCGCCAGCCUGUGUGUCUGGCUGGGCGUCAUGGUCCUGGUUAUGCCCUUCUUUGCCUUCGCUGGUGUCUACCACAAUGACCUGCAGGUCCCUAGCUGUGGGCUGAGCUUCCCGCAGCCGGAGAGGGCCUGGGUCAAGGCCAGCCGCAUCUACACACUGGUCCUGGGCUUCGCAGUGCCCGUGUGCACCAUAUGUGUGCUCUACACGGACCUGCUGCGCAGGCUGCGGGCCGUGCGACUCCACUCCAGUGCCAAGGCUCUGGGCAAGGCCAGGCGGAAGGUCACCAUCCUGGUCCUUGUUGUUCUGGCCGUGUGCCUCCUCUGCUGGACACCCUUUCACCUGGCCUCCGUAGUGGCCCUGACCACAGACCUGCCCCAGACGCCAUUGGUCAUCAGCGCAUCCUACGUCAUCACCAGCCUCAGCUAUGCCAACUCAUGCCUCAACCCCUUCCUCUAUGCCUUCCUGGACGACAGCUUCCGCAAGAACUUCCGAGCCAUGCUUGUGUGCCAAGGGGCCUGA